UUCACUCUGUUAUAGAGAGACAGACGUAAUAAUCGUGAUGUGAUGCGGAAUUAUUUUUAAAGCGUAACGCAUCUUCAAUUCAAAAUGGCGGAGACGCAAGAGAAAACAAAAGACGACAAAGAGUUAGAUGAUAUGAAUAAAGAAGAACAUAACGAGAAUUCACCCUUGAAACCUGAGAAUGAAAAUAUUGAUAAAAAAGAUAAAAAGGAAAAAGUAUCAUUUUUACAAAGGCUAAAAAUAAUUAAAGCCAACACAACAGUGGAACCUAUCCUGGCGUGUUACAUAAUGCCUAGUGUUCUGGCAUCGCUGGCCACGCAAAAUUUAAACCUAGAGAAGGCCUGUCUCGUGAACCUCAACUACAGUGAGGAAAUUUGUGACGCUUUAAAAUCUAGACAGACGGAAAAUUAUACAGAAUACGAGGAGAAAGUUCAAACAUUAAUUGCUGGAAUUCAGGCGUGGAAGAAUGUCGUUCAAACAACGAUCCCGGUUUUAAUUAUAUUGUUCGUCGGCGCUUGGAGCGAUAAAACUGGCAAAAGAAAAGCUUGCAUUCUCAUGCCAAUAGUUGGCGAAUUUAUUACGUGUAUGGGCUUCAUUAUUAACACGUACUAUUUAAAAGAACUACCCGCAGAAGUUACUGCUUUGACUGAAUCCAUAUUUCCGGCUAUGCUUGGUGGUUGGUUUACCCACUUCAUCGGUGUGUUUAGUUACAUUGGUGAUAUAACUACCAACGAAGAUCGUACCUACAGGAUUGGAAUAGUGAAUUUAUGCAUGUCACUCGGUUAUCCAAUAGGCAGUGCGUUAAGCGGUGUGUUGCUAACUUGGAUAGGUUACUAUGGAAUAUUUUCGCUGUCAGCUGGCUUUUAUUUAUUCAGUAUAGUUUACGGAUACACCUGUUUAGAAGAUCCCAGUCCGAAACCCAGGGAUAAGAAAUACCAAGGAGUUUUUGGUUUCUUCAAAGAGUUCUUCGAUAUUGGCCUCGUGUUAGAGACUUUCAAAGUUGCUUUCAGAAAAGGUGAAGGCAACAGACGGACACGUGUGUGCUUGUUACUCAUAGUUGUGUUCGUAGUCUUUGGACCCCUGCAGGGCGAAUUUUCAAUACUGUACUUAUUCACAAGAUACCGGUUCAACUGGGAUGAGGUCAAAUUCAGCAUAUGGUCUACGUACAGUAUCAUGACUAAUUUGCUCGGCACAGCAUUCUCGAUCAGCCUUUUCAGUAAUUAUCUCAAGCUGGACGACACUCUGCUGGCAAUUAUCUCAAACAUGAGCAAAAUCGUCGCGUCGUUCGCCUACGCCUUUGCCAGAAACGACAUCGAAAUAUAUUUGGCGCCACUAUUGGAAAUAUUAAAUGGCACGUCAUUCAUCGCCAUGCGGUCUAUUGCAACAAAACUUGUCAGCGGAGAAGAAUUUGGUAAGGUGAACUCCUUGUUUGGUCUAGCGGAGGCCAUGACUCCUCUUCUCUACGGCCCUCUGUACUCCAGGGUGUAUAUCGCUACACUCAGCUUUCUGCCUGGCGCUGUGUUCUUGAUGGGAGCUCUACUCACUCUACCAGCUGUUGCCGUAUUUUGGUGGCUUUACUUUCAACACAAAAAAGAUAGACUAAUGAACGAAGAAAAUCUGAAAAAUGGAAGUAAAGAAAAAUGCUGAAUGAAUAUACCUACGAGUAAGAUAAGAGUAGGGUAACUUUGAAUAUUUUAAUAAUAAUAUGGUAAUUUAACAAUUUUUAUUAAUAAAUAUUUUGUUAUUUUUGUUUAGUUUUUCAAAUCAUAAUACUCCUAACUAGCUUAAAAACUUUUCUUUCCUUAUUUAACCUCAUAAUGUUUUAUAUGUUAAAUACACAUUAGUGCAUUAACCGUUUUUCAAAAAUAUAACCCAAAACAUGAACGAUUUAUGAUAUCUAGUUGUCUUAACGUAGAUCGAACAUGAUGAAAUAUACAGGGUGCUCGGGAGUAUUUCCCAUAACUUCCACUUAUAGGGGCCGAACUGCAUUAACUAAUUUAUAAUUAACUAAAAAAAUCUUUUUAUGUUUUCAUACAAAGUAAUUCAAAUAAUUCCGACUAUCCAUAUAACACAUGCCUAUAUCUAUCCUUGCAUUUUAAAAUACGUAAUCGUAGUGGUACGACUUUUGAUAUUGACGAGAUAUUGUAACUGGCACUCCGCACUUCACUAGUAAGCUUCUUCAUGAUAUUUAUCUAGAGUUAUGGGAAAUACUCCCGAGCAUCCUGUAUAAUAACUUCGAAAAAAGUUUAAAAUAAUUAUCAUACCUACUUGAUGUAUUGCUAACCUGGCAUCUUAUUUCAACGUUAAUUUUAUGAACAUCAUCAUUAUCGGGCCCCUUUUAAUUACUUUUAAUGAUUAAGCGAAAAUUACCUUUUGUCUAAUUCGAGGGAGCCUUUAUGUGUGGCGAGUCGAGCCUUAAUGAGGUUUUCCAAAUUUAAAGGCAGUUUUGAAAAUAAUUAACGAUCCUGAGUGACGCGCGCUUUUGUGUGCCGUUGACAUUUAUCUAAUGCUGAUAAUAUCGUAACAUGGACGUAACGCAGAGUGAGAGAGAUAGCAAUUUAUAUUGGCAGUUCAUGUAAAUGCAUAAGAGAACGAGAGUAUGCAUGUGUCGGAUUAAAGUUGACAUCAGAAGCGGAUUUAAAGUCUAACAAUUCCUACAAAGAAUUACCCCUCGUUACCAAUAAACCAAGUGGCAGAGAAUAACCUUAAGUGAAGUCCCGGACUUGUGACCGAUGGACGUAGGGUUAAGAAAUUAUUCUUUUAAAAAAAUUAAGUCAUUCUCCGCGCCUAUCCCAAAAUAAUCCAUGAAGGAUUAUCCUUCAAAAGGAUAGACGAAUCGAACGUCACGACAAGAAUGAUCUAGGCCGUCUGAGCUGUCUCCCACUACUCCCGACGUAACUCAUGGAACACUUCGCACUAUCUCGGCUCGUGACGACAUGAGCCAACCUAUCGAAUGACUCACAUGCAUUGUAAAUAGAUGGUACGUAGCCUCAUGUUAUACAAUAUACUAGAAGAAGAAGACUCGACAGUCGCCUCAUUGUACAGUGGUUAGGCUGUGUGGGAUCGAGUCCUGGGUCGAGCUUUAAAAUGCUGAGAUUCUUUUUAUAAGGAAUUUUUAGUAAAACCUCUUAGUCUAGAAUUGGGAAGUUGGUUGUGUUACACCCCCUUACAUCGGAAUGACGUUAAGUCGUUUGUCCGAGGUCAUUAUCGGAAUACGAAAUAAAUAAAUAAAUAUACAUAAUAUGCAUUUGUAUAUGCAUAAUGGAUUGGGGCAGCGUAGUAAGUCUAACUCCAUAUCUCCUCUCCUGUAAGAAUGGAAGUUAAUAAAAUAGGGGUUGAUAGUAGAAGAAUCACUAUCCUACCCCUCCGAUACUUUUACCCUACCUCUACCAUACACCUUUGUAGUAGAUUGAUAAUGAAUGUCAAUUGAUUUUUUACGUUAAAAUUAAGUAAAAUAUCGUACCUAUUUAAGAUUCGUUCUAAAAUGAAAAAGCUAUCUGCGUUUACUUCCAUUAAUUACUUAGUAAGAAGGUGGGUACCAUUAAAAAGGAAGCUUUUAUUAAAUUAGCAAACGUCCGAUGUGGUUUUUAGCUUAUACUCAGAGAGGUCGCGGUCAAUUCCGAAGGGGUGUUUGAAAAACUGAAACAUUUUAAUGUGGUUCCUUUAUGUUAUCUGAAUAUUGUAAGCUUUCUUAUUCAAAGUUUGAGUGACAGGUACUUUGCGCUGAGUUUGUAUAUGAUUUUAAGGGCCUAAAAACCACCUAAAAGUUUGUAACGUGACUUAACUUUGAUAAAGUAUAAUGUUUAGUUCAGUUUCUUAAA